AUUUUAGCUCCUUUCAAAAAAAAACUUUUUUUAGCUGGAGCUUACUCUACCGUCUGCGCGAACCGAGAUAAUGCUGUAGACUGUAGUCAGUGGCGCCUGUACUUUUGAAAUUCAAACUAAAGGAAUACCAAAAGCAUCCGAAUCCCAUUCUUUCAAGAAACCGAAAUGUGUAUUUGGAUUUUGAUUUUCUCAGGGAUUGUAAGAGCCGCCCUGUUCUUCAAGACAUCUCUUGCUCUUACUCCAGAUGGUGUUGCACUGUUGGAGCUCAAAGCUACUUUGAACGACACCAGAAAUGCUCUAAGUGACUGGAGAGAUUCUGAUUCAACUCCUUGUACAUGGACUGGCAUUUCUUGCCACCUAAAUGAACAAAGAGUCCGCUCUAUCAACUUACCUUAUGAGCAACUUAGUGGGUUCAUAUCCCCCAGCAUUGGUAAACUUUCCAGAUUAAGAAGACUGGCGCUCCACCAGAACAGCUUACAUGGCGUAAUUCCAAUCGAGAUUGGUCAUUGCACUGAACUAAGAGCAGUGUACCUUAGGUCUAACUAUCUUCAAGGAGGCAUACCUUCAGAUAUUGGGAACCUAUCAAUGCUGAACAUACUGGAUUUAUCGAGCAAUGCUCUCAGGGGUGCUAUACCUUCUUCAAUUGGAAAACUGAAACUUCUUCAUCAUUUCAAUUUGUCUUCAAAUUUCUUCUCGGGCGAGAUCCCAGAUAUUGGAAUUCUUAGCACUUUCGGAAGCAAAUCGUUCAUUGGGAACGUAGAUCUGUGUGGCCAACAAGUGAACAAGGCAUGCAAAACCUCAAUGGGAUUCCCUGCAGUUUUGCCUCAUGCAGAAAGUGAUGAAGCAUCAGUUUCAGUUAAGAAACCAUCUCAUUAUAUGAGAGCAGUGGUAAUCGGUGCAAUGUCUACUUUAGGCCUUGUACUGGUUUUACUCCUUGUUUCCCUUUGGGUUUGGUCAGCAUCAAAGAAGGAAAGGAAAGCAAAAAAAUACACAGAAGUCCAAAAACAAGCUACUCAAGAACCAUGUGCCAAGCUUAUUACAUUUCAUGGUGAUCUUCCAUACCCUUCAUGUGAGCUAAUCGAAAAGAUUGAAUCACUAGAUGAAGAACACAUUGUAGGUGCUGGAGGAUUCGGUACAGUCUAUCGAAUGGUUAUGAAUGAUUGUGGCACAUUUGCCGUUAAACGAAUUGACCGAAAUCGCCAAGGUUGUGAUCAAGUCUUUGAGAGGGAGCUGGAGGUCUUGGGCAGUGUCAAACACAUAAAUUUGGUCAGCCUCAGAGGCUACUGCAGUCUUCCCAGUGAAAAGCUUCUGAUCUAUGAUUUCUUGGCUAUGGGAAGCUUGGAUGACUUGCUGCAUGGUCAACCUCCUCGAGAUUUGGAUGAAGAGCUGUCAUUAAAUUGGAGCACGCGUUUAAGAAUAGCUCAUGGUUCUGCAAGAGGAUUGGCGUACCUGCACCAUGAUUGCAAUCCUAGAAUAGUUCACUGUGAUAUAAAAUCAAGCAACAUACUCCUUGAUGAGAACCUAGAGCCUCAGGUUGUGGACUUUGGUCUAGCCAAGCUUUUAGUAGAUGAGGAUGAGCAUGUCACAACUGUGGUUGCAGGAACCUUUGGUUACUUGGCUCCAGAGUACUUGCAGAGUGGAAGAGCCACUGAAAAAUCUGAUGUCUACAGCUUUGGUGUUCUCCUAUUAGAGCUUGUUACAGGAAAGCGACCUACGGAUCCUGCGUUUGUAAAGCGAGGCCUGAAUGUUGUUGGCUGGAUGAAUACCUUACAAAAGGAGAACCGGCUUGAAGAUGUGAUAGACAGGAGAUGCGCGGAUGCAGACAUAGAGACAGUAGAAGCUGUCAUAGAAAUUGCAGCAAGAUGCACCGAUGCAAAUCCAGAAGAAAGGCCUUCCAUGCAACUGGUGUUGGAGUUUUUGGAGCAAGAGGUGGUGUCCCCUUGCCAGACCGAUUCAUACGAGUCCCAUUCAGAUUAUUCUUGAUGUGCCCCACACAUUGCUAUGAACAUUUUAUGCUUCUCAGUUGCUGCUUGCUAGGUGAUCUCAGCUUUGUAUCAAUUUCUUGCUGAUGGAGUAGAUAUUUAUUAAUUAUAUUUUAAUUUAUUUUAAUCCUAAACUGAAUUGUUUUUUUUUUCUUACGAUGAUUUCAGUUUGUUCAGGUGCUUAUGUGAUUUCCAUAGCGUAGCAAUUGCAUUGAAAAUCUGAUCUUUUCACUUUCAUGAAAGUAAG